AUGUCUAGUCAAAGUUUUCGUAAUUUUCAAAAAGAGCCGAAAAAUAAAAAACGGUGCCACGUGGCGAAGAAGGAAGGAAGAGAGGGAAAGGUUCUCAAGGUGUUCUUACUUAUUCAACACAUCGUGCUGAAUAUUUUCAGCGUUCUCAUAUGA